CAAGCUACGGCCAGGUCAUAAAAGAUGCGGCACUCUGGUUUGCGUUUCUUCACCCUUGACCAUCAACGCCUCCCUUCUUCUCUGCUCAGCGACGCCUAAACUCUAACCAAUGUCUCCCACCGUUGCACCUCGCUUUCCCUCUCCUGGCCCCACUCCCUCUAAGAAGGCGGCUGCAGCUCUUCAAGCUUUCUCACUAGAGACUCCAACCAAGAAGUCCACCAAAAAAGACGUGCCUCUCAUCGAUGACAAGCGUCGUUCGACCUCUCCACUCACCGGCGAAGAUUCGGACGUGGAGGAGGAGGUAGAGGUUGAUGACCUUGACGAAUUGAGAAAACGGUUUGUAGGUGAUGUUGAGCUCCCCGAGAGUGAGGAACCUCUUCUGCAAGAAACUAAGCGUCGCUUUGUCCUUUUCCCGAUCCAGUACCCUGAGAUAUGGCAAAUGUAUAAGAAGGCUGAAGCGUCGUUUUGGACUGCCGAAGAGAUGGACCUCUCCAAAGAUUUACACGACUGGAACAACCGCAUGAAUGACAACGAGCGUCACUUUAUUUCCCACGUUCUUGCAUUCUUUGCUGCCUCUGACGGCAUUGUCAACGAAAAUCUCGUGGAGCGUUUUUCCAACGAAGUUCAGGUUGCUGAAGCUCGAUGCUUCUAUGGAUUCCAGAUAAUGAUGGAAAAUAUUCACUCGGAAACAUACUCUCUCCUCAUUGAUACCUAUAUCAAAGAUCCUCGUCAACGCGAAUUCCUCUUUGACGCGGUGGAAACUAUUCCGUGCGUGAAACGCAAGGCCGAUUGGGCCCUCACUUGGAUCUCGGACAAACGUUCUACCUUCGGAGAGCGUCUUAUCGCCUUCGCCGCCGUUGAAGGUAUCUUCUUCUCUGGUUCCUUUGCUGCUGUUUUCUGGAUGAAGAAACGCGGCCUUAUGCCUGGCUUGGCAUUCUCAAAUGAGCUCGUCAGUCGAGAUGAAGGCAUGCACACCGACUUCGCUUGUCUUCUCUUCAGUCACCUCAAGCGUCGGCCACAUCCUGAUACGGUUAGGCGUGUCAUUACCGAGGCUGUCGAGAUUGAGCAAGAGUUCCUGACCGAUGCUCUUCCCGUUAGCCUCAUUGGAAUGAACUCAAAACUCAUGUGCCAGUACAUCGAAUUUGUGGCUGAUCGCCUGCUCGUUGCCCUCGGGAAUGACAAGAUCUACAACAGUACCAACCCAUUCGACUUUAUGGACAUGAUCUCGCUGCAAGGCAAAACAAACUUCUUUGAGAAACGUGUAUCUGAUUAUUCGAAGGCUGGUAUCAAUCACGGCGUUACAGAGUCGACGGCACAACCGACAUCGAAAGCAUUUGUCCUCGACGAAGAUUUCUAGAUAUAUUAACUCUACACAUCGUCUAGGAGGUUAGGGGGGGUACAAUUUCUUUUCUUUCAAAAUGCAUUCCUAUAUCGCAAUCGCUUCACGUUAUCGUUGUGUAAGUAUGUCUAUCUGUCUUCCUGUAUGUGUAUAUGUAAAUUUAAUUAAACGACUAUUUAUUACGGAUUUUCUCCC